AUGUCUCUCACAGUCGGAAUCGCUGCCAUAACCGGCAAAUUCGCCCGCGAGCUUACUUCGUUCCUCCUCAAGAACCCUGCCAUCACUAUCAAGGGAUACUGCCGCGACCCUUCUAAAGUUCCAGAGUCAUUCUUUUCCAAGGUAUCUAUCGUGAAGGGCGACGCUUUCGACACAUCAGCUAUCCGCUCUUUCGUUAGUGGUUGCGAUGUCGUGGUUUGCUGCUAUCUCGGCGACGCCAAGUUGAUGGUCAACGGCCAAACUACCCUCAUUGACGCCUGUGCCGCCGAAGGAGUUCCACGAUAUGUAGCUUCCGAUUGGUCUAUCGACUACACCAAGCUUGAGCUCGGACAACUAUUCCCCAAGGACCCUAUGAUUCGCGUUAAGGCGUACCUAGAUGCCCAGGACAAGGUUAAGGGCGUACAUGUCCUGGUGGGCAUGUUUAUGGAUAUGGCAUUUAGUCAAGCUUUCCAGGUCUAUGAUCCUGCUUCAUCGACCCUCAAGUACUGGGGCACCGGCGAUGAGAUCUGGGAGGCCACGACUUACCGGAACGCAGCUGAGUUCACGGCCGCUGUUGUUGCUGACAAGGAUGCCGUCGGCGUCAAGAAACUUGUUGGCGGUCGUGCGACAUUCAAGGAGAUCUCUGGAGCAUUUGAGCGUGCCUAUGGGGAGAAGCCUAAGCUUGAACGCCAAGGCUCAGCGGAUGAUUUGUUCAAGCGCAUGCACGAGUUGCGUCAGAGUAACCCGCAAAACAUCUUUUCGUACCUUUUCUUAUUCUUCCAAUACUACAUGAUUAACGGGCAAACACUGCUAGGCCCCAAUCUAGAUAAUCAUAAGUAUCCUCAGGUAAAGCCUGUGAGCUGGGAGGAUUACCUUAAGAGUACCCCGAAGGAUCAAUUGCCCGGUGCACCAGGCAGAGCAGGUCAGAAUGUCUAA